AUGUCACAAGGUGCACCAAUGACCCACAAAUUUGUAGUGGGCACCAUAGCCAUUCUCCUAGGCGGCUACGUCGCUUACAAAGCAGGAUCCGAUUUCCAAUUUGUUAAAUUCGAACCACAUUCGCCGGAAGAAGUAGCAAGGCGCAAAAGAGAAAAGGUUCCCACGAGAAUGGAAGUACUAGAAAGUGCAACGUUAGAUUUGACCCCGGAAGCUAAAGAAAGAAUUGGUCGUAAGUUGUUAUUGACGGAACAGGAGAAGAAACGGCAAUUGGAACAAACGCAAGAAGAGUUGGCAGGGAAGUGA